GUAGAAAUGUUGCGGAUCCGCGGCACUGGGAAAGGCUGAAUGGAAUCAACAUUGAGCACAAAUAAAAUUCGUCAACACUCAACCGGAGCACCCAAAACAUUGUCUUACAAAAAUACUGGCUUCUUGUAGUUCUCCCUAGACGUCCUGACCCUCAGCCUCCCCAUGCCUCCAUCUCCCCUCGACGACAGAAUUGUGGUGGCGCUGCCAAGGCCGAUCCGACCUCAGGAACUCCGACUGUGCCUGGAUACCAGCUACCUGGACACCACCGUCACCAGCCACAGCAGCAAGGCAACGGUCAUCAGCACCACGGUGGUGAAGAUCCGGGCGACCAACCUCACGUAUAUGCCCUCAUCCAACGGCUCCACGCGCUCCCUGUCUUGUGGAUGCAGCAGUGCCAGCUGCUGCUCAGUCACCACCUACGAGAAGGACAGCCAGCACAACCAGCGUCACCAGCAGAGCCACCAGAGCCAUGUGAGCCAGGUGAGCGCCAGCAGCCCCAACCUCAGCUAUGCUGGACCCACCUCUUCCUCCAACCCCAUGGGCAUGGUCCACCAUGAGGCCUUUAGUGACCCCAGUCUCACCUCAGGCUCACCCAAGGCUCUAGGGUCCACCAUCCGGGUCAUCCACCCCAAUGAGCUGGCCAAGCGAAUGGCCAGAUGCCCCAUGGGACACCUGGUCGGGCCGGUCCCGGUCGUCAUCGAUUGCCGACCCUUCAUGGAGUACAACAAGAGCCACAUCCAGGGAGCGGUACACAUCAACUGUUCGGACAAGAUCAGCCGGCGGCGGCUGCAGCAGGGCAAGAUCACAGUGUUGGACCUCCUGUCAUGCCGCGAGUCUUCCGGCAAGGACUCCUUCAAAAGCAUCUUCUCCAAAGAGAUCGUGGUGUAUGACGAAAAUACCAUGGAUCCCCAGAGGGUGACUUCCUCACAGCCCCUCCAUGUGGUCCUGGAUUCGCUGAGGAGGGAGGGAAAGGACCCCAUCGUUCUCAAAGGGGGCCUCAGCUCCUUUAGACAGAACCACCAGAGCCUGUGUGACCACUCCCUCCACCUCCACGAGAGCCUGGACGCCAGCAUGGGCGUCAGUGGGGCCUCCGGCCACACGGGGAUGCUACCUCACUCCAUGUCCCUGCCCUCCACGCCGGACAUCGAGAAUGCCGACCUGACGCCAAUUCUGCCCUUCCUCUACUUGGGCAAUGAGCACGACGCACAGGACGCCCACACGCUGCAGCGCUACAACAUCAGCUUCGUGCUUAACGUUACCACCCACCUGCCGCUCUACCAUUACGAUACGGGUCUCUUCAGCUACAAGCGGUUACCCGCAACUGACAGCAACAAGCAGAACCUGCGCCAGUACUUUGAGGAGGCAUUUGAAUUCAUCGAGGAAGCACAGCAAGCAGGGAUGGGCCUCUUGAUCCACUGCCAGGCGGGUGUGUCUCGCUCGGCCACCAUUGUCAUCGCCUACCUGAUGAAGCACACCUGGAUGACCAUGACAGAUGCCUACAAGUUCGUCAAGACUCGGCGGCCCAUCAUUUCACCCAACCUUAACUUCAUGGGCCAGCUGCUUGAGUUCGAGGAGGACUUGAACAACGGUGUCACGCCGCGCAUCCUCACGCCGAAGCUCAUUGGGGUGGAGACCAUGGUUUAAGGAGGACACCUGCCAUUCCUGCUUUAGGAGGACAUCCAACAGGCUACUCAUAAAGGCUGAUUCUGAGAGAGAAAUCUUUAUUUCAGAAUCUCCUAAUCUCCUAAUCAUGCUCUUUUGGGACUGUCACAGGAGUGCCAAAGUUCUUGAGAUGAGAUACGCCAAAAAUCCCAGCUGUUCUGAACUGGCCGGCUUCCCGGAGGAACAGCAGUGUUAUAGGGAGAGAAAACGGUCAGUGGGGAGCUGUCUGUGCAUGACAACGGAGGAGCAAAAACAUGGAAGGAAAAGAAAAUAGAUGAACUAUUUUGAGAGAAAAAAACACCAUGUUCUGUGGGGACUGAGCAAUUUAGUAGUUAUUGAAACUGAACUCUUCAGGCUCACACUGUGCUGUGGCUCAUGGUUAAUGUUGCAGGCAGGCUGGGAACGAGCUGGCCGAGGCGGUGCCUGUCAGAAAAGAUGAAGACUUGUUUGGUGUGUUCUUGUUCUAUUUUUAUACAGGAGUUUAUGGGCGUGACCAUGACAAGCCCAAAGUGGCUUACUGUGCAAUAAUUUCUGAGUGGACUGCGCCUGAGAGCUUGAUAUUAUGUGUAUAUAUGGGUAUUCAAUGACGAUUUCCAGCUCCGCCGCUGAUUUGACAUUAAGUACCUUUCUUUUAUUUUUUAUUGUUGUUCUCAAUUCCGUAUUUUUUGGCACAUACAAUUGAGCUGUUACGUUUGGCACAAAUUAGAUUGACAAAAUAGUUGUAUUUUUUUUAAGUGUCUCAGUUGUAUGUGUAUAUUUGUUUCAUUCUGUUUACUCUUCAAAAAUACUAUACAUGAAAACAUUCGCGUUGUCUGGGUUUUUUGUUUUCCAACUGUGUUUUUCCAUUGCCCAUCACCAUCAACCAUACCAUUUGUUUUUAGUAAUACAUUUACUGCCAUAAGAGCUUUGUACCACAAGUUUACUGAAAGCAGAUAUAUUGCUCCUCAAACAAAAUGGUGGUAAUCCUGUUUUAAGUAUUACUUCAGUUGUAAAGUAGAUUUGAGGACUAUUCUGUGUUUCUUUUUAAAUAAUUUAUCCUCACUUCUAACCUGUCCCUCUUUUAAUGUAGUGUCUAACCUCUCCAGAUAUAUUUUGGUAUAGUUGCCCUUAUAGAGUAUGAUUUACUACAUUACAAAGUAACACAGUUCUGAGAUUACCUUGAAUUGGGCCUCUGGCAUCAAACAAGACAUUGUAUCAAGGGUCAUUGUUAAAAGUCAGACCUGUCGUAGAAGGAAGGUACUGUAACCCCUUUCUAAUAUUUUGAAACCUCACAGUCCUGCCUCUAAGCUAAGCUAACGGGGAGCUCUUGUUCUGCCACUUCGUGUAACACCAAGCUCAGUACUUGUGCCUCUAUCUAUGCCUUAACUAACACCUAUCUUUUCUCCACUGGAUCUUUUUGCGUCACUGUACAGUACAGGCCAUCAUCGCAUGCAGACAGAAGCAGCCGAGCAGGCUGGGGUCGACUACACGGCCAAACCUUCAGCAGCAGCAGUCAACUCUGUGAUACAUUCAAAAGGAUAUUAAGGCAGUUUGCACACAGUUUCACUCCAAAGAGCCUGUCACAGAAUUUGUUUUAAAACCAAAUUUCACUAAUGGACUCUGUGCUGCUUUGAUUUUUAAGACACUUUGGGCUAUUUAGAUAAUGUGUAUUUUAAAAUGACUAUGAUCUGGUGCUGAAUCUGAUAUUUGAAAGGAGAAUUGAGAUCCUGACCAACUUAUAGUCUAAGCCUCUUCCACAUAGGCUGUGCUGAAGCAAAAAAGUCUGUGAUGGCUGUGUGUGUGACUCCGCGCUGAGCUUUUGAAUCUCAUCAAAGACGAGUCACUGAAAUGUUACCUUGCAUAAUGCAUGCUGUUUCAAACAAGGUGAUGUGCAGCCACUUAGCUGCUAAUUAUGGUGAUGCUCAGUUUUGGCCCUAACUAGCGUUAGCAUUAGGGUUAGCGCAACAACUCAAACAAUGGUAUACUAUACAACGAAAGACAAAAUAGGGUCGUAAUUCAAUAGGGCAUGCAAUGCUUAAAAAAUUUCACAAAAGAAAAUGGAUAUUUGAGUUUUCAUUGGAUAAGUGGGUCCGGCCCGCAAGGGGGUCCAAAAUUGGGCGGGAUAACUCAAUAUACUUUAAAAUGACUAAAACCAUAUCAAAACUGUGGAAAUUAGAAUGGAACUACAUUUAUAUAGUUUCUUGACUGUAUCCAGCUCGCUAAUAUUCACCUAAAUUAAAGCUAGACAGUCAGGGAGUAUCGAAAAUUCGAAAAACGAUGGAUAGAUUCAAAUUUUGGAUAGAUGCAAAUUUAGAUGCAAAUAUUUACGCCGUGGAAGUAAAACACAUUCGCAAUCAUAAUAUUUGUGUGCCAGUGUCCUUGGGGUUUGAACUGAAGUUACUUUGCAUAUAGGUUAUAUACAUACUGUUGCUACUGUUGCACCCAAAACCUCAUGAUUAUUCAUCGUAUAGUCCACUCAAGAAAACAUUUGAGAGUUUAGGGAGACUACAAGACAAAUUAAGCAAAUUGAGGUGUUCUUUAGGAGAUUGCACAGCUAAAGAGAGUACAAAGCAUUUAUCUAUCCACAAAAUAUCUAUGUAUUGGGGUAAUAAAUUAUAUUUUUUGAAUUCUCACCUAUUCUUCCUGUCUUCAGUUGCUAUUAUCAUUUACAGUACAUUGGUGUAUAUUGGUGCUAUACAAAUACUGUACGUGGAUAUGACUGGUCUUCAAACGUUUACCAUACGUUUGUAGCUUGUACAUUUACAGUAUAUGAAAUGAUAACCAUCUGAACCAAUUAAGUAAAAAAUAUAAACCCCCAUUUCUCUUCCACUGGUUCCUAAACCUGUUCCCUAUCGACACAUAUUUGCUUUUCAUUUGUAAUUACAAUGUGUUAUUUGAUUGAUAAAUGUUACUGUUGUACAUUCUUCUUCUAUGGUUGGAAAACAAAGCAUGUGUAUUGAGUGUCCCCGGUCGGUUCAUGAGAGACGCUCAUAACUCUCUACUGUCUUUCCAAUGAUGCUCUCUCACUGUGGAUGUCGAGCUUUUAUGCCUCGUUCCAAAUGGCACCCAAUAUCAGCGAUUUGGGGGAUUUUAGUUUCUUGUUAAAAAAGACUAUAAAAUGACCAGGGUGGGUUUACUUUAGGACAUGUAUUCCCACAAAUAGAAAAAUCAUAUCGCAAUGUAAUCAAUAUAUUAAAUUAUUGUUAUUUUCAAAUGCAAUCUCUUUUUGGGUUUAGCUGUGGUCAAUUUGCAGUUUACAAAUUAUUCAAAUUAUGUUCCGGCCCCCCUCUGACGAAAAUCAGCCCGCUGCUGAAUAUAUUUGCCUACCCAUGCCCUCCAUAGUGCACUUCUUUUGAUUAGACUUGUCAAAAGUAGUGCAUUAAAUAGGGAGUGGGGUGCCAUUUGGGAGGCAACUUUUGUGUCUCUCGCCAAGGCGGUUUUGAGUGACAGCUCCCUGAAAGGGAUUCCGGUGUAUGGCUUUUAUUUGGAAAGACACCUCUGUAUUAGAACCAUUUAAAACUGUCAUAUUUGAUUUGGGACUGUUUAUGGCUAGACCUGUUUGAGUUUCUGCUUUGGGCUCGGAGACUCUGGGGAGAACAGGGGGGUCACUAUACAAGUGUAUGUACUUUAACAGUGAGUGUGUGUCUAUAGUUCCGCAGUUAAAGAAUAUACUCUAUAUUCACAACUUUUCUAUGCAUAAAUUUAUAUCCAUUACUAUGUUUGCACUGACCUAUGGAUGGACAGCUGGAUUUUAUUUUUUCACAAAGGGUGCUAUUAUAAUGGAGGCCUUCUCCCGGACAACACCAUUUUGCAUGACCUGCUUAAUAUUACCCCCUAUGACGGAUCUAUGACUAUGAACCUCUCCUCCUCUCUAUUCUUAAACAGUUGUGGUUUAAGCACUGUAAUUUUGUAAUCCCUUCCCUACUUGUAAGGUUUAAAAUAAACCAAGGCUAAAAGUUU